UGCAAACCUCCGUAUGGAAAUGGAAUCCUUAGGCGACACCAAGUGGGAUGUUGUGAUUGAAGGGACCGGCCUACAGCAUUCUUUGCUUGCUCUGUGAGCCUCGUCCUCAUCUGCAAAUACGAUGAUCCAGUCUGACUGACGCAGCCUGCCUUGAAGAGCUCUGUCCCGCUCCGACAAGAAGAUCCUUCAUGUCGAUGGAAACCCAUACUAUGGCGCCGCCGAAGCCGCUUUCAGCUUGCAGGAGGUAGAUGAAUGGAUUGAGAGGCUUGGACGAGGUUGGUGCGCCCUUUCGCGGCGCCUGUGGAGCUUAUUCUGACGACAUCACAGCUACGAAUCCAACCCCAUUUCAAAAUGCCAACCUAUGGAAGGCAACGGCCGACGCAGAGUCGGACGAGACUUCCAAGCUCUCUUUCUCUCGAGCCUAUACCCUAACGCUCUCCCCUCAAAUCAUAUAUACCACAUCAAAGCUUCUCUCGUACCUAGUAUCGUCGAAGGUCUACAAGCAACUGGAAUUCCAGGCAGUCGGAAACUGGUGGAUAUAUGGCGCGGAUGGUUCGUCGCUGACACGCUUGCCGAACGGCCGAGAAGAUAUUUUCCAGGACAAGAACAUCGACAAUCGAUCGAAACGAGGUCUGAUGAAAUUUCUAAAGUUCGUGGUGGACUAUGAGAAUCAGUCAGAGGUUUGGGAAGCACAUGGCGAGAACAGCCUAUACAGCUUUCUCUCAUCGCAGUUCCGACUUCCGGAUCAUCUGCAAAUGGUCAUAUCCGCUCUGGCCUUGCCUCUGGAGUCUCCGGAGAAGAGCACAGUAAACUGGGCUCUUCCACGGAUUGCUCGUCAUUUGGCUUCCAUCGGACGCCUUGGUCCCGGAUUUGGAGCAGUAGUUCCAAAGUGGGGUGGAGGUGCUGAGAUUGCGCAAGUUGCUUGUCGAGCAGGAGCAGUUGGCGGUGGUGUUUAUGUACUUGAUUGUGGUAUGACCGAUGUGAAGACUGUUGAUGAAGCAGAAGACCAACCUGUUCGUAUAGCACUCUCAAAUGGAGAGAAUGUUGGAACCAAGCUUUACAUCCAAAACAAAAAGGUCGAGGGAGAUUCCAGCGUGAAGGCGGUUUCAAGGAUCGUUGCUGUGAUCUCAUCAUCCCUUUCCUCGAUCUUCAGAAGCUCGGUUGAAGGAGCUCCUCUCGCAGCUGUUUCUGUCGUUGUGUUUCCACCAAAAACUCUUCAGGUUAAGAAUGACGUUCAAGAAAAUCCUGUGUAUAUUAUGGUACACUCGAACGAAACUGGAGAAUGUCCAGCUGGUCAAUGUAAGCAUCUCUUUCCUUAUUUUCCCCAUACAUUUUCCUGCAUUACAUGAUGAUUUAAUUUUAAAAAUUACUUAUCUACAUUGUCUGAAUUACUUUGACGAUAACUUUGGAAACUGAUAAUGCUUUCUAUCUUCCACCUUGCAUAUUUUAUUUCCAGUUGAUUCAUAACUAAUUGCAUAACAGGCGUUCUUUAUGCUACGACUCUGCACAACAAGAAUAGUAAAGCGAUUCUUGAGCUUGCCCUAGCUACUUUUAGUCAAUCGGUUGAGGAAAAGCCUAGCCUGUUGUACAGUUUGUAUUAUGAACAGAAAGAGUCCAAAAGCUCGUCUCUCGACGUAUCUUUUGAUGAUCAGAUUCUUGCUAGAGUUGAAGAGCAAUGGAAGGAGGUGAUAGGUCAAAGUGGAGGUGAUGAAGCGUCGCAGUUCAUGCAAUUUGAAGAGAGGAAGGGAAUGAAUGCUGAUGAUGAGGAUGACGAGGGUUAUUGACGAAUAGAUACACAUGGCUUGGAGUUUGGUGUCAAUUCUUUCUACUUGUCUUGCUUCUAACGCUUGGACGAAGGAGCGAAACAAUUCCAUCAUCAUAUUA